AACUAGAGGAUUCUAUAAGCUCUGAUAAACAAUGCCAGGAUUUUACUCUGCAAUUGUGUCUUUAUGGUACUCUGGAUAUUAUUUUUCCUGGAUUAUUAAGGAUAUGCAGUACCAAUCUCCAUGCUUUAUUAAAAUGGAUUAGCUGCUCUGUAUUCAAGAUGUGCUGAGGGGAAAAAAGGGACGGCUUUCAGACAAGGCUUUUCUGCAAUGAUUCAUCCAGCAGGUUACCGUGUUUUGCAAGUAGGAAUUCUGCAUCUCUUUCCUUUGUGGCUGCUCGUAAACCUUACAUAUGCACAGUUCCGAUACUCUAUCCCCGAGGAGCUGAACAGGGGUGAAAUUGUUGGGAAUAUCGCUAAGGAUCUUGGAACAGAUGUGGCAAAACUAGUAGCUGCUAAUCUCCAGGUACUUUCUGAUUCCGAUUCCCAAUAUUUCUCUAUAAAUGUAAACAAUGGAGCCAUAUUGGUGAAUGACAGAAUAGACAGGGAGCUGCUUUGUGGACAGAGUAUUACAUGUAUUUUAAAUCUAAAAUUUGCCAUAGAGAAUCCAGUAGAAGUGUACAGGAUUGAGGUUGAAAUAUUAGAUAUAAAUGAUAAUUCCCCCCGAUUCCAGAGUGAAGAGCUGACUUUAAAAAUAAAUGAGUUGGCUUCCCCCGGUGCUAGGUUUUUAAUUCCAAAUGCACAGGAUCCAGAUAUAGGCUCAAAUGCAUUGCAGGAAUACCAUCUUAGCCCAAGUGAAAAUUUUGCUCUUAUUGUAAAAAAACGCACGGAUGGUAGCAAAUUUCCUGAGUUAGUUCUUGAAAAGGCUCUGGAUAGGGAGCAGACAGCAGUCCACCACCUGGUCCUCAAAGCAGAGGAUGGUGGAGUACCAUGUAGAUCGAGCACCAUGCAGAUUACAAUUAUCGUUCUAGAUGCCAAUGAUAACCAUCCGGCAUUCGAUCAACCAUCUUAUAAUGUCCAGCUAAAAGAAAAUGCCCCCAAAAAUUCUUUAGUUAUAAAACUAAAUGCCACUGACUUAGAUGAAGGGCCUAAUGGAGAAAUUGAGUACUUCUUUAGCAGUCAUAACUCGGAGGCCUUAAGCAAUAUUUUUCAGCUCAAUUCAGAAACUGGUGAAAUCCGAGUGCUUGGAAAUUUAGAUUUCGAAGAGAUUUCAGUUUAUGAGAUUGAUAUUGAGGCUAGAGAUAAAGGAAGUCCCAUUAUGGAAGAGCAUUGCAGUGUAAUUGUUCACAUUAUUGAUGUGAAUGACAACACCCCUGAAAUGACUAUAAGUGCUUUUUCUAGUUCAGUUCCAGAAGACUCACCAGCUGGGACAGUAGUUGCCGUAAUAACUAUUAAAGACAAAGAUCAUGGUGAUAAUGGUAGGGUACAGUGCCAAGUAGACAAAAAUCUCCCCUUCACCGUUAGGGAGGACUUUGAGCACCAAUUUUCCUUGAUCACUAGCGAUAAUUUAGACAGAGAAAGUGUUUCGGAGUACCAGAUAACCAUUUCUGCAAAGGAUAUGGGAAACCCCCCUCUUUCUACUGUGAAAGUGAUAUCAGUUGCAGUUUCGGACGUGAAUGAUAACACCCCUCAGUUUGUUGAACCCGUAUAUGAAGUCUUUGUGGAAGAAAAUAACAAAGCUGGUGAGUUACUUUGUACUGUCUCUGCUAUGGACCCAGACUUGGACCAGAAUUCACGACUCUCUUAUUCCAUAUUACAAAACCCUAAAGAGGACUAUGCUAGUUCUUCUCACAUAUACAUCAAUUCAGAAAAUGGACAAGUCUACCUUAAAUUUCCUCUAGAUUAUGAAAGAAUCAACUACUUCCAGUUCCAGAUAGAAGUCUCCGAUGCUGGCUCUCCACCCCUUAGAAAUAAGACUGUUGUACACGUUUUUGUUUUAGAUCAAAAUGAUAAUUCACCGGUAGUUGUAUUUCCUGUGAUCGGAGCCAAUUCUGUUGCCCAGUGUAAGAUCCCACGUUCUACUGGACCAAAUGUUAUGGUAAGCAAGAUAUCUGCUGUAGACCAUGAUUCAGGACGGAACGCAUGGCUUUCCUACAACUUACUUGAAGCAACAGAUCCUACUCUAUUUAGCAUUGUUAUGAGAACUGGUGAAAUAAGAACUAAACGUGCAAUCCAAGAUGUGGAUCCUAAUGUGCAUGAGCUUCUUCUACUUGUGAAAGAUUCUGGAGAACCUUGUUUAUCAACCUCGGUAACAGUAAUGAUGACCCUAGAAGACAAAGACCUAGAAGUUUCCCAGGGUGUUAAAGACCAUUCUAAAAAAAGGAAUAUUUCUAGUCUCACCUUAUAUCUGAUUGUCUGUUUGAUAGUGAUCUCUGUCAUCUCACUCAUUGGUUUGGCUGCCCUUGGAAUUAAAAUUCACAAAUGUGAGAACAAGAAUUUUCCUCUCUGCUGUCGACAAAACCAAAAGAAAGGUGUGGUAGCAGGCUCCAAGCUCCAUGGAACUUUUCAACUACACCCCAGUCUUUGUAACACCAUUAUAGGGGUUCGAGUGGAUUGUGCUGGAAAUAUCCCAUCAAAUCGAAGGGUCAGAACAUGUUUCUCCCCAGUCUCAGAUAUUAGUGAGUUUAUGUUUAUGAGGCCACCUCAUGUCACUGCUAGUUCCUCCUCCCCGGGAAUACUGGUUCCAGAUCCUAACUUCUCCAUUGCUUCCAAUGAGCAGGCCCAAGCCAACAUGGACUGGCACUUUUCACAGGCGCAGAGACCUGGGACCAGUGGUGCACAACCUUCUGAGGAGGCUGGUGUCUGGCCGAACAACCCUGUAGAAACGGAAAGGCUUCAAGCAAUGAUUUUGGCAUCGGCAACCGAAGCUGCUGAAAGUUCCAAUAUUGGAGGAGGAACGGGGACAAUGGGUCUCGGAGCCUGCUAUGGACCCCAGUUUACUCUGCAGCACGUACCUGACUACAGACAAAACAUAUAUAUUCCAGGCACUGCUACUCUCAAUGCUGCCAUGAAACAGGAAGCGAAGGGCCCGACACCUUCAGGAGCAAACAAGAAAAAAGCAGCGAAAAAGAAAUAGCAUUCUGCGCCAGUAGAGCGCUUAACCCCAGCCAAAUCAAGAUGAAUGUCAUUGUUACAAUGAAAGGCAAAAAAAAAAAGAAAAAACAGAAGGGCAAUGGUCAUUGUUUAUAGGAAACAAGAUGAUUGAUGAUGCUAGUAGAACUUACUCUGGAGCCGGUAAAGUUAUUUUUAAUACAUGCAAUGAUAAUUUGUAUUACUCAGUCUUUUAAUCUUUUUUGCCUGUCCUAUAAAACUCCCCUACUAAUAAAAAAUAAAAAAUAAUAAUAAUACAAAAAAACAUUAAAAAAAAAAAAAAAUCAAUGAUGAAAAAAAAGUCGAUAGACUCUAAAACUUUUGCACUUAAUAUUUCCUUUUUAAAAUGGUAUCCUUGACCAAUUCUAAUGAUGACAUUUAUUGUAACGGUAUAUUAUUCUUAAUGAUAUAUUAGAAGAUAAUGCUCUUUUGUGUUAUGUUAUAUAAUAGUAUUGAUGUUACGGAGUACAGAGCACACGUUUUUCGUCUUUUAGGACAUUUCUAUACAAAAAAUGUUAACUACGUCAGAGCCCUUACUAUCUAGCCAAAGCUCCUGGUAUACAAUCUAAACUAUAAAAUAAGAUAUUUACUCCAUCGCAACUCAAACCAAUGGCUACCACUGUUACAUAAAAAAAAGGUUUCGCUGAACAGACGCGCGUAAGUUUGUGCAGUAUGCGAUACACGUGUAUCUAGGAAGGUGUGGUAUAUGGACCUGGCUUACAAGGUAUUAUCCAGAACGUGGAUCUUCCGUCCCUAAUAUAACAAUACGGAUGGAUCGACAUAAAAGAAGGCAAUACCCAGGAAAAGUUAUACAAACAUUCUAUAUUUUGAUAUUCAAAAGACUUGCCCGGUUGGUAUCUACAGUCAGUACUGUGCCCAAUUCUUUCUAUAUCUGUGAAACUUUAAGCAGCGUUGACAGAACGGAAAGACUGCGGAUGGGAACAAAAAAAAAGUAAAAAACGAAAAUAAAAAAACAACAACAACAAAAAAAAAUGUUUAUUCAAAUGUAAAGAAUGUAUGUUGUGAUUGUAAUACUGUAUAAGCGAUUGUGUAGCAAAUAAUCUAGUACUAUUCGUUGUGUUAUCUUGAUUUUCAUUCCGAUGGGACGAUAGAUUCCGUUCAUCUAGAAAUGCACCUAAGCAAUGAAAUACAGACUUCUGGAUGAAUUAAACGCCCUAAUUUCACUGCAGUAAGUUGAAUACAUGGAAUCUAUGUACAGGCUAUCUCUCUUAUUGCAAAUCCGAAGGGUCUUGUAGUUCGGCUCGCCUUGCGGCCACUUGAGUUCCUACCUGGUGACCACCAUUUGAAUCCGUGUAGAAUUUAAAGGAAGUAUUAUCUGCUAUACAAUAGACUGCCACUUCAUGGCGCACAGGCUUGCUUUAGGUUUACCCUCCAGUAUCACCUAGCGACAUGCAGAAAAAAGAUUUCUCACACGCAUCACGCAGAUUUAGGCAAGCAGGAAAUAACAAAGAAACAAUAAUAUUGAGAUAUAUAUAUAUAUAUAUAUAUAUAUAUAUAUAUAUAUAUAUAUAUCUUACCUAUGUAACACUGUAUAGCAAGCAAAGAUUAGAUUUAAAUCUCAGUCAGUCAUUCGAUGAGAUUCCAUUGUGAUGUUGCCCAUUGUAACAUAGCUUAAAUGAAAGGGAUUCUCCAACCCCCUAAAAAAAAUAAAAAAUAAAGCCUUAUACUCACCUGCCUGAUCCCCUGCCACAUCCUUCUCAGACGAGCCCAGUUCUGGCUUUAGUUUUAACACACAGGAAGGCCCUGCUUAGCCACUAAACCAGUGGUCUCCAAACUGUGGCCCUCCAGAUGUUGCAAAACUA